AUGAAGGGUUUAGCUGUUCUUUGUUUCAUCUUUAUCUGUAAAAUUUGCAGUGCUGGAUUUCCUUGGUGUUUUAAAGUUGGAAAUAAUAAGGAUAAUACUUUUGAUCACAGUGUAAUUGAUAUAACUAUUAAAGAGCCUCCAAAUGUAUAUGUUGGCGGUAGCACAAGUGAAAGAUUUUUUUGUCCUAAAGUUGACAAUAGUAUUAAGGCUGUUGUUGAAGGCUCUCUUUUGAUUUGGCAAGUUGGAGAAGGUGAAUCAUGUACACUUGUAAAGGUCAGAUUUAAGGGUGAUGAACCUGUAUAUAUAAAAAUGAGCGUAGUGAAAGAUGGUGCCCCUCAAAUUGAGAUUUUUGGAAAGGUGAAUGGAGAAUGGAUAUCAGCUGAUAGAUUUAAUUCAAGAAUAAGUGGAUCCACAAAAAUGAAUAUAGAAGAUAUCGAAAAAGGAGCAUGUAAAAUAUCUAAUAAUAAUCCCUCUAGAUUAAACCUUACAUACCCUAACAAAGAAAUGGUAGAAAUUAACGAGAGUGAGAUUAAUGGAGUUAAACGCAUAGUAUAUACACCAAGCGAUGAAGUCGCUGUUAAUGAAAUUUAUGACGAAGGGUUGACACUAUGGAGGGCCCCUGGAAAUGAAAAGUGUACAUUUGUAGAACUGUUCAUAAAGAAUAGCCACAAAAUUCUUUAUUUGGAAAUUUAUUCUGAGGAAACGUUUGAGCCAAUGUAUUUUGAACACCAUGGAGGAACAUGGUUAUAUACAACAAAAGACGCAUUUAAUUCUGGUUUUGUAAAUAUACUGAACCUCAAAAAUGAAAAUACAUCAAAAAGAUCUCUGGUAGUAAAUAAGUUAGCAGAGAACCUCAGAGGCAUCCCAGAACAAAAUGAUACUAGAGAACAUAUGCCAAAUGAUUCCCCUUUGCCUGGGGCUUUAAAAGAGGGAGGUAUUCCCUUUGACCAUUUGGACCCUUGGAACAUGUGCACAUUAGAAUCAACUGCUAGAUCUUCUUUGCGGGCAAGAGGCAGACAUGUUAACGCGGAAUAUGUUCCUGUUCCACCUUUACAAAUUACUCCAUCUGGGUUGAAAGUGGAAUCUUCACCUACAUCGCAAUCAAUAUCUACGAAUUUGAAGGAAAAUGAUUCUGGUAUAUCAACAAAUGGGAACGACAAUUUGGAGUAUAUCCCCCUUCUGCCAAAUGAUUGUGAGUAUUCUACACAAAUUGUGGAGAAUAUGUGUACUGGAAAUUUUGAUUAUCUUCCAGCAGCUUCACCCAACAAGUUUUUUAUGGACAUUCAGAAUGAUAAAGAGGAUGUUAGGUUGGACUUUGAUAAUCCUAAUAGAGAAAAAAUUAUUAUAGGCGAACGUGAUUCUUGUGGUGUGAAACAAAAAACAUAUUCUCCGAGGGAUGAAGUAAAUCUUACAUCUGUUUUUUGCGGGUCGCAAAAGUUGUGGAUAGCUGAUCCUGGUGAAAAAUGCACAUUUCUAGAGUAUUCAUCAAAGGAAGGAAGUAUUCUAGUUUAUUUAGAAGUUUAUAAUAAUGACCUCUUCCAUCCAAAGUUUUUCACAAAAACUGAGAACCUCUGGAGCGAAAUGGACCUUGUGGAAUUUUCUAGUAAACUAAAGAGUAUGAGAAACGCUAAAACCUCUUCAGAUAAGUUAUGA